AUGAAGUUCUUCACCCUUGCCCUCGCUGCCCUCCUCCCCGUCGCCGCCUUGGCUCAAGAACCAACCUUCUACCUCGGAAAGAGUUCUGCGACCGAUACAGAACCUGCCCUCGAGAAGCGAACAAAUAGCGGAGUCGUCAGAACUGACGGGCUGCGCUAUAGGACUUGUCCCCGCACCAGCUGCACUGCGAUCGGCCAGUACGCAAUCAAUACACGAGUUCAACUGGUUUGUUAUACGAGGACUGAUACAACGGUAGUCAACGGGGACGCGGGUUGGGCCAAGUUGACCAACGGAUACUGGGUUGCGUUGGCGUCUGGCACAUACGUCAGCUGGAGUGGAUCACUUCCUCACUGCUGA